GGCCGCGCCGCCGGAUGGUUCUACUUCUUCUCUUGCCCGGCGCGUCAGCGGCUACAGGGACUCCUGCGCACGGCAGUUCGCCCUGUUUACUUGUCUGUCUGGACGGACAACGCGUAGGUUCAUUUGACCCCCGGGCGUGCGGUGCGGUGCUAGGCCUCCGCCGCUGCUGCCAUGGAGACGUUGCCUCAGCCCGGCUGCCUGAUGCCGGCGCGCGGCAGCAACGGCAGCGGGAGCCCGCGCUCGUCCCACCCCAAUCGCCCGCACCGAGGGCCGGCCCACAAACGGGCAUUUGCACUUUAUAUCAAAUCAAGACAAGUCUCUAAAAUCAGCAAUCCAGAAUUGGAUGAGGAAAAUAUACAUUGGGAAUGCUGCGGACAGCAGUUUGAUAAAGAAAUGUGCAUUCACAAACAUGUGGGUAAAGAGCAUAUGUCUGAGGUCCUGCAACAAACUGAAGCAAUUUUCAAGUUGUUAGGACAAAAUAAAUCCAAGCUUACAAGAAAGCAAGAUUUCACAGAAAACAAAAUGUUAUUGUCACAACACACUAAAACAAAGGAAGAAUUUGACAUGUCUACAUGGAUACCUGAUACAAGCCACAUUAACUUUGAUCUAGCAUGUACAACAGGUGAAGUGCUGUUGUAUUAUUCCUAUUGUGACAUAGAGGAGCCCCAGGUGAUCUGCACGUGGCAAAAAGCCCUGUGUCAUCAGCUGCAUUUAACUGGCAAGGUGCGUAUCUCCAAAGAGGGAAUUAAUGGAACAGUUGGUGGAUGCAAAAUGGCAACUGAGCUGUAUAUUCAAACUAUGCUUUCCCAUCCACUCUUUCAAAAUAUAUCCAUGGAGGACUUUAAGCGGAGUGCUGGAGGAGCCCACUGUUUUCAAGAUCUGCGAGUUGGAGUUUUUAAAGAGGUUGUUCCCAUGGGAGUGGAUCCUGAAGAUAUCUCUUAUAAAGAUGCAGGAAUUCAUUUAACUCCAGAGGAAUUUCACAAAAAAGUGGAAGCAUUGUCCAAUAGUGCCCAAGUUCACCAGGACACCAUUUUGCUAGAUUGCCGGAACUUCUAUGAGAGUAAAAUAGGAAAUUUUCAACACUGCCUUGCUCCCAAUAUCCGGAAAUUCAGCUACUUUCCAGAUUACAUUGAUACAAAUUUGGAAUGCUUUAAGGGAAAACAAGUCCUGAUGUACUGCACAGGAGGAAUCCGCUGUGAACGAGGCUCAGCCUAUCUGAGGUCAAAGGAUGUGUGUAAGGAAGUUUACCAACUCAAAGGUGGCAUUCACAAAUAUCUUGAACAAUUCCCAAGCGGAUUUUACAAAGGAAAACUGUUUGUGUUUGACAAUCGCUAUGCCAUUUCUGUAAACGAUGACAUAAUUUCAGAGUGCAGAUAUUGUGGUGCCCCUUGGGAUGAAUACAAACUCUGCAGUACUGCUUCUUGCUGUCAGCUUGUUUUGUCCUGUCUUCUCUGUAGAGAAAAAGGCUUUGUAGCCUGUUGUGCUGUGUGCCAAGAAAAAGGAAAUGCAUCAUCCGAAACUCCAUCACAACCUUUGAGAAAAGAACAAUGCGAAUGUACUGAGAAGCGGGUGCGAAUCCCUGUUGUGCUUCCACAUUAGAUCCUUUGUUUAAGCUAUCCAACAUCUCAAAGCCGACAGGGAAUAAAUCAGAUUUUUAUUUUUUAAAGGGUUUUGAAUUACUGCAGAAACUUGCAUGUUCAGAAUGUUCCAAAUUUCUUAAUAGCCAAUUAAGUUAUUUUGACAUUUAAUUGUCUGCAAAGUUCUUUUGAUAUUCAAUUGUCCACACUGUAACACUGGGAAAACUACAACUAAUUUGAAUGCAGCAAGAUCCCACAUUCAGUAAAGAGAUAAAUAACUAGAACAUAUGUUUUAAAAAACUGUUUAAGUAUAAUUACACAAAAUAAGUUGGUUUUAUGCUAACCCUUUAAAAGGCCUUAUUAAAACCUAUUAAUGUAGGCUUUAUCAGCAUACUAUUUAAGAUUUCAGUUUUGUAUGAUCAUGUUUCAAUUAAAAUGCAAUCAAAUCAUUAACAUUUUCUGUU